AUGUCAGCCAACUUGGAUCCUAUGGUUUAUCCGCUAUUUUUUCCAAGAGAUGAUGCUGGUUGGCAUAAUCAAUUGGUGCAUAACCCUGAGCGUGCCACACUGAAUGCGAAUGAUAGACCUGAUUUGGUUACUCGAGUAUUUAAACUCAAGUUAAAUAACCUCCUCAAUGAUAUAUUCAAACAUGGUGUGUUAGGCAAAGUUGUAACGCAUGUUCAGGUUAUUGAGUUUCAAAAGCGUGGUUUGCCGCAUGCCCACAUUUUACUUCAUUUAGCAAAUGAUGAUAAACUUGAAACAUCACAGGAUAUCGAUAAUUUGAUUUGUGCAGAAAUUCCAGAUCCGAUAGUUAAUUGUAAACUUUAUGAUAUUAUCAAAACUUGCAUGAUUCACGGCCCAUGUGGGAUACUGAAUCCAAAUUCUCCCUGCAUGAAAGAUGGUGUGUGCAGCAAAAAAUAUCCUAAAGAUUUUAAUGCCAACACAGUAGCUGUUCACAAUGGUUAUCCGCGCUAUAGGCGUCGUGAUAAUGGGUUGGUUAUCAAUAUUAAAGGCAACAAUGUAGAUAACCGUUGGGUGGUACCUUAUAAUCCUUGGUUAUCAAAGAAAUAUCAAGCCCACAUUAAUGUUGAAGCUUGCAUGUCUGUAAAGGCUGUUAAAUAUUUGUAUAAAUACAUAUACAAAGGGCAUGAUUGUGCGAAUGUUUUGAUAAAUGAACAGGUUAAUCACGAUGAAAUAAACAAUUUCUUAGAUUGUCGUUAUGUUAGUGCACCUGAGGCACUGUGGCGAAUAUUUGAUUAA